UUUAUUACAAUAAAAUAAUAACAAGUGAUUAAAAAAAAAAAUAAUUGCUAUUUUAUCGAUGAGUCAACGUGAGAAAAAUUAAAAGUAUAAAAAUGAAAUUAACGCACUGAUUUAUUGACAAGUAUAGGUUAUAAUAGAUAUUUAUUAUUGAAACAAGAAAAAAAAAUAAAAUAAAAUUAUGUGGGUGUUUGGUUAUGGAUCAUUGAUAUGGAAAGUUGAUUUUCCGUAUGAAAGGAAACUUGUUGGUUACAUCAAAGGUUAUAUCAGAAGAUUUUAUCAAAAGAGCACUGAUCACCGCGGAGUACCAUCUAAACCCGGACGUGUGGUAACUCUACUAGCAUCAAAUAAUCCCGAUGACCAAGUCUGGGGCGUUGCUUACAAGAUAGCCACUGAAGACAUCGACAGUGUUGUAAAUCAUUUAGAUUUUCGUGAAAAAGGCGGCUAUGAAAGAAAAAAAGUUCUUUUCUAUCCUUGCAAUCCAACUGCAGAAAACGCCAAUAAUUCGUCGAGAUUAGGAUUGAUUUCUUCAGCGGACCAAGAAGAAGAAAAACCUUUUCAAUUAACAAUUUACAUUGGUCAUGAAGACAAUCCGAAUUUCGCUGGUGCUGAAGACAUCGAAACAAUCGCCAGUCAUAUUAUAGAUGCUCAUGGCCCCAGUGGUGCUAAUACUGAAUAUCUUUAUAAACUUUCUUCUGCUAUGAGAACGAUAAUGCCUGGAGUAAUUGACGAUCAUCUAUUUGGGCUAGAAGCAGCUGUUAGACGAUUGGAUGAUGACAAAAAUAAUGAUUCAUAAAUUAUUCUUUCGUAAACAAAUAUUGAUAAUAUUUUUAUUUUCAUUUUUGGUAAUUUGACUACGUGGUAAAAUUAAACUUGAUUUUUUUUAAUUUAUUAAUGCUUGCAAUAGUAAAAUCUAUAAAUUUUAAUCUAAAAACAAUUUUUUUCCUUUUUCACGCAAUUUAUAUACUUGCAAUAAUAUGAUAAAUAAAAUUUCGAAUGCCUUUAGCUGAAACUUAUUAAGGCCAAAGAUAAAAUAAACAAAAUUUUAUUCUUUAAUUUCAGAAAUUUAAAUAUUUGCAUUAUCAUCAUUGAUUAAAAGUUUAUUUUCCAAAGUUCAAUGGGUUGAAUUUAAAUUUUAGUACAAAAUUAUAUUUUUAAAAUUGUACUAGUCAUUAAUAAUUAUUGACUUUAGAAGGACAGCUGUCAAAAAAAUAACAAAUUUUAAAUCAAAAUAUUUAUUAUUUUAUCGAUAUUUAAUAUUUAUUGACCUCGAUUGUCUGAUAUUUUUAAAUUAAAUAAAUGUAAGAUGUAUAAAUUUGUUAUUUCAAUAAAAUAUUUUAUUA